AUGGAUGAAUCUAAAUUGGUGGAACAUUGCACCUCUAGUGGUAAGUACUACUAUCCGUUUGCUCAUCUUAUGUUACAUAUAUUUACUCUUUUGUCAAACCGGCGUUUCAAACUCGCUUUUUACUCAGCUCCACCGGUUUUAUCAUGUGAUACAUGUUCAGCUGAUCGAGGAGAUAUGUAUCUUUAUGAUCACGGUCUACAUCUUUUUGGGUCAGAUGAUGUCGAUGAUAUGGAUUCACCUCAACCUCAACAAGUCCAAUCGAUUGAGCCACAUUGGAUUCACUUCUUUACUUUGGCAUCUGUGAUUGUUGAAGGUGUUGAUUACUUUUAUUACAACCAAUCACCAUAUCAACAACAAGAGCAAGAUCAUCAUCAUUGUCCACCCAAUCAAUCGAAACCAAUAACUACAUCUAUUGACAAUAUACUCUUCUUUUCAACUACAUUGUACAAUGCCAUCCCAGUGCCAUUACAUCUUCAAGACCAAUUGUGCUGCCGAAAAGAUCAUUGUAUAGGUUAUCUCAGCAUUGAUACAAUUGAUUGUACUGCCGUAAUGGAUCAUAUUGAUUGUUCAUUAUGGGAAUAA